AAACUUCAGGACUACAUGUAGUAUCACCCUCAUCCCUUCUGUGUCUCUUUGUUCCAGCUAUCUUUCCAAUUCCUUCCAUAUCUGCAUCGCCAAGAUGUAUGAAGCUCCUAUAUUAGAUUCUUCACCGAUGUCGAACAAGAAACAACUGCCCUUACACAAUCACAUUCCCCGAGCUUCACAUACCUACCACCCUAUGAUAUAUAACCUACGACCAUACAACCAUUCGUUCCAGCUAACAACCCACGAGAACACAAGCCACAAUCACAAUCUAAACCCAGCUUCACUCUCACUCCCAUCCAGACACAAACCCCAAGUGACCCCCAACCCCAAGGACCGCAAUUUCCAACCCCUCCGACCAAUUCACAUCCCCGACCAGGCCGCUCCCUCACCACCUGUCCAACCUACCGUAGACCCAACCCCGGGGCUCCACUUCCCGCGCACCCUCGGCUCCAAAGCCAAAGCAACCCGGUAGGAUCGCAACGGCAAGCGGUCGACCGGCUCCGACCCCGGUCUUCACACUUCCAAUUCCUUCCCCCGCUCACGCAACCGUCUUGAGUCGGGAUG